CUGUCCACAAUUUUCGAUUCAAGCAUCAUCAGUGAUUCAACAGUCUUGACUGGCAAAAUGGCGAGAAUAGGCGUACAAUGUGUCGCUCUGUUUUUGGUGGGAUUUGCAGGGAUCAAAGCACAGAAUCAGACUACUUGUCAAAAUGCGACUGUACAACAAGCCAUCUUGAGUCACAUCAAAGAUGUCUUCAUCAGUGGGAUGGAGAAGCGUAUAGCCAGUCCAAUAGUAAAGAUGGCACUGUCUGUCAAUGUCAUCCCCAUAGACAGCAUCCCCAUAGACAGCAUCCCGAGGGUGAAGAUGAACUGGUUCAUUACUGAUCCUAUCAAUUUUCCAAAUGCAUCAAGAUUCCCAGCAGAAGCUUAUCCUGGUGUCACAGUGGACCCGAUCCUCUAUAUUGCCCCGGGUCGUGACCAGAGGGAACGAGGUGGCUUCUACACUCUAAAGUCGUCCAUCACCUUCACUGAUCGCACCAUCGUAGACAGCUACAUUCUCGAUUUUGAAUUCCAUGCCCUGAAUCCCUGCUUCGAUGUCAAGUUCACAUUGCACAACGUUGUGAGACUGAGCAUGCCUGACCUAGGCGGGUUAAGGAUGAUACCAGCAGGGCCUCGCAUUCACACUCUAAGCAACAGAGUUUAUAAGCGGAAUAUGUUUAUGUCGCAGACCUUCAACAUGACCUUGGAAUAUCUGGAGGAGGAUCAGUCGGGGAAUAGAGCGGAGCUACGGAAGGAGUCAUCGAGAUUGUUCUGUGUGAAAGCUCCUUUCGACCCAUCCAGUGAGUCUUAUGUGGUCGGGGACCGAAGAACCUCAUUCAGUUUGACAGAUUACAGCUAUCAAGUGAGCGAUAUGUGUUCCACAUUCAACAGCAAUAAGGACGCCACAGCCCUGUUUCAGAACCAUAUCCUCCUGUUUGCCAAGGGAACCGGCCCGACUCCCUUCACGAUUACGAUGACCACGUCAACAGAGAUUGUAACUGCUCUUGAGAACUUGUCGCCAUCCAUCUACGUCAGGCUGGGGAACAGUAACCGAACCGAUAUUGCAACAGACGGGACAGACCAGGCGCCAAUCAGUGGUAAGAGGUCGUACGAGGUAUUGGUGAUUGGCUACCCGACACCGACUGUAAGCAUCGCCACUCCACGAGGUCAAUUUCUGUUGAAGACUUACAUAAAUGGUCGAAGCUACCAUCGUGCCUUUCUGCUCCUACCUGAUGUGAAUAUGCGGGACCAGGGUGUCUACCAUAUCAAGGCGAAAAAUACAGGAGGAUUGGCGGAAUUCACUUUUAAUGUUCAGGUGAUGAAUACACAAUAAGUCGACAUUCGUCAAUUUUUCUUCAGUGUGCUGGUAGUCAUCAGGGCAACACCCAAUUCGAAAAUUGGUGUUAUCUGAAUUUCAAUAUGGCUGUCAAGGCAGCCAUCUUGUAUUUAGUCUCAAAGCUGUGUCGGAGUGAGAGUCGGAAAUUCAUCCUUACCACUCUAUCUCACCUUGAGCGACAACGAGCUGAGAACCAAUGCUCGCUUGGCAAUGCUGUAUAAUUUUCAUUUUGGAGUGUUACGAAUUGGCUCGAGUAUGUGUAUUAUGAUCGACAUUAUAUGGAUUUCAAUUGAAAUAUACGAAUAAAAGAGAGUAGUUAACUCGAAAUAUUUCCUCA